CAUCUGGACCUCAUUUCUACCCUGGGGAGAGAGAAACUAAAAUAUUACAAUAAAUGUGACUUUUUUAUCCUGAACAUCGAGUGGAGAAAAUCGUCUUCAAUUAUAAAUGUUGUUUGUAAUACAUUUAUUUUCGUUAACAGGCAAAUUAAAGGGUGUGCUAAUCAUUAUUCAGGCGUCCUACAGCUCCACGCUUGCUGAGCGCGUGCGUGCGCCCGCGCGCGCCUGUGUGUGUGUGUACGUCGCCGCGCACAGAUCGCGAGGCUGUUGUUGCGAACAGCUCGAGGAAUUAACGAUUUUUUUCUAUUAAACAAAAAAUUCAGCAGUAACGGACGCGUACUAGAGACGUUAACGCAAACUCACAGUAUUUUUUCUAGCUUUUUUGACAUUUAUCUUAACCAUGGCUGUACUAAUGAUCUGAAGAAAUCACUCCGCAAAAGUUUUGACUUGUAUUAAAUCAUUUGUAUUGUUGGGGCUCUCCCAAACGGAUCAUUGAAGGCUCGAUCAAGCGAUUAGGAAUUACGGAAUUUCAUGUAAACUUUGUAAAUGAAGAUUAAAAACAUCGGCACGCGCUUAUUCUCUCUGCCGGACAUCGCACAUGGGGUGACACCGAAGAGCUUCCUGGGCCGCUGAGACGUGCCUUCGGGCUGGGCGUCUCGUUUCCUGUGGCCCUGCUGGCCCAGACAACCUGCCCUCUGAAUGACUACUGGCCGUCUAGUUGCACGGCUUUGCCAAGCUGUCACCAUGAGCAAAUACUCCCAGUACUUCAACAAGACCCUCAUACAGGUCCACUAUCGUUUUACCAAGGACAUGAACGAUGACGAAAUGAUAAAGCGCAUGGAGAGUAAAGAAAGCCUGGACACCCUGAAAAUUGUAUUUGUCAUAAUCUGCAGUAUCAUCAUCUUGGAAAACCUCCUGGUGCUCAUUGCCGUGUUCCGCAACAAGAAGUUCCACUCGGCCAUGUUCUUCUUCAUUGGAAACCUGGCCUUCUCUGACUUACUCGCUGGCUCCGCGUAUAUCGCCAACAUCUUUCUGUCAGGCCCCAGGACAUUUCAUUUGGUGCCCGUCCAGUGGUUCAUACGAGAGGGGACCGCUUUCAUCGCCCUGUCCGCCUCAGUUUUCAGCCUGCUGGCUAUCGCUAUAGAGCGCUACAUUGCCAUCACCAAGGUCAAGGUUUAUGGCUCCAACAAAACUUGCCGCAUGUUCCUUCUGAUCGGAGCGUGCUGGGUGAUGUCCAUCCUUCUGGGAGGUCUUCCCAUUAUCGGCUGGAACUGCAUUAACCACCUGGAGGAUUGCUCCGCUGUUCUGCCUCUCAACACCCGCUACUACGUCCUGUUUGUCGUCACCAUCUUUACCAUCAUCUUGCUGUCCAUCGUGAUCCUUUACGUUCGCAUCUACCUGAUUGUGCGCACCAGCCACCAAGAGGCCACCAAUUCUCCAGCUUACGCUCUCCUGAAGACGGUCACGAUCGUGCUGGGCGUCUUCAUCAUUUGUUGGCUGCCCGCCUUCACCAUCCUGAUCCUGGAUGCUUCCUGUCCGAUCCAGCAAUGCCCUAUCCUCCACAAAGCUGACAUCUUCUUCAGCAUCGCCACGCUGAAUUCUGCGUUGAACCCGUUGAUCUACACGCUGCGGAGUAAGGACAUGAGGAAGGAGUUCCUCAGGGUUUUGUGCUGCUGGGGGCUGCUCUACUGCGGCAGACCUCCUCACCGCUGCAUGGUGCCGCUCAAGAGCUCAAGCUCAAUGGAGCACUGCACCAACAAGCACGAACAUCAGUCGACUCCCAUCAUGCAGGACUGCACUACCUGUGUCUGAUUCUGCCCCCACAGUACCUAGGGGCGUAAAGAUAAGGGGAGACGAGGCACGUUCAGAGACCUCAUGGAUAAAAUGAGAAUCGCAAUCAACGUCUUUGGACUCUCACAGGUGUGGUACUGGACUCCCUUGUGUCCUUUGUUGCUUCUUGACCAUCACAGAAUAAGACCAUCACAUGUUUGACAUUUCCAGGCAAAUUAAAGAGCCAAAUCCAAAUGGGAACAUGUAUUUUAGCUCUUUGACAGAACGCGAAAAACCAAAAUGUAAAAAUAUUGCACUUUGUAGACUUCUAUCUAGGCAGUUUGGGAUUGUAUAUUUCUCCUAUGCUGACUAACCUACCAGAAGUCAAGUACAAGAUGUGUCCUAUCCACAAGUUCGACUGCCACUGUCAUGGUUCAGAGAUAUGAGAGGACUUAUUGAAAUGUAAGGAUCGACAAUGCACUCCACAUGAGCCAAACCACCACGCAUGCUUGCAGAACCUUUCCCAUGUAUUUAUCGAAUUACUUGAUAUGCAUAACACCCUUUGAUUACCGACAAGACAAGUAUUCAGCUUCAUUGUAUUGCAUGAAUGUCUAACCUGUGUAAAAACUAAUAUGUAUGGCAAACCUAUUUACAAUUGUCAACGUUACUUCAAUUUGUCCAUCUAAACUCACUGUCUGUCCCUUUCCGUUUCAUUUAUUUUAACAUUCCUAAUUUGUCCUAUGAGGAAAGCACAGUCGGUAUAUGAUUACUGUAAUCCUGAAAUGAGUUUCUCACAGCAGCCGGUGUAAAUUCUGGAUCUGUUGGCAUGACAACGUCGUAGCGUCGCUGCGGCAGCGUGUGCUUCGUGUUGUGCCCUCUUGACGAAUGGAACUGAAUAGAAGAAUGAAGUGUUACAAGCGAACAUUUUCGCUGAUCGACAGUAUUAGUGAACUUUAUUGUUCUCCUGUUGAUUAUUGAGCUUGCAGCAACAAGAAGGCUCGCACACUGUGAAGUAUUAACGACAAUUAAAGUUAAUUGAAAUUGAUAGGCCGUUGAUGGGACAAAUUGAGUAUGACUUUCUCUCUUUUGAAGGCAUAUUCAUUCUGAAAUAUGGGAACCCUGUGUUGUAAUGGAUCACAAGUCUUCUGAAGACGAUUUAAACUUCCUGCAACUUCAGGAAGUCCGGUGUUUCCUACGCUUCCUCCUGUUGUUAUGAAUUGACCUUAAUGUUGUUAUACGUUAAUGUCAUCAGCCCAACACUUUCACUCACUCAAUCAAACCCAUUCAGCGUUUGAUCCCAACAUGUUUUAGUUUCCUCUGUUGAUCGGUUUGGUUCAGCAGAGAAAGCACUUUGGCAGCUCUUCCAAUGCCGGUCUAAUGUAUUUUGGUUUUUCUUUCUUUUUUUUUUUAAUGCAUGAAGAGUGUGAGCAUCACUAUCACUCCGUUCAAUGUAAAACAUUGCCUACCCUGUGGAACAAUGCUAGUGUUUUUUUAUUAUGAUAAAUAUAUUAAUGUAUGUAUGUAUCUAUGUACAGAAUGUAUGUAUUGUGUAUACAUGUAGAAUGUCUUGUGUGCAAUAGCCUUGUGUUUAGUAGCAAGCUACCUGUGCUAAAUCGGUACAAUCCCAAACACUAAUGUAGGUACAUGCACAUUAGUUCAUUCCUUUUUUUUUAAAUAAAAAAAAAAUGAAAAAGUCA